UUCCUAAGAGGAGGGAGGAGCCUUUGGUGUAGAUAAAUAGGCAUCCCUGUGCACUGGGGAUAACAACACACCAGGGAAGUGACAACCCUGAACAUCAGGUGUCAGCAAACACAGAGGCUGGCAGCUGGCUGGUAUCAGCUCUGCAGCCAGGAGGACAGAGAAGAUGGCCUUCAUUGCAGCUUUGGGGCUCUUGAUGGCAGGGAUCUGCCCUGCUGUCCUCUGUGAUGGCACACUGGGAAGGGACACUCUAUCCCAUGAAGACCACGGCAAGGGGAGACAACUGCACAGUCUCACAUUGGCUUCCAGCAACACUGACUUCGCAUUGAGCCUCUACAAGAAGCUGGCUUUGAGGAAUCCAGAUAAAAAUGUUGUCUUCUCCCCUCUUAGCAUCUCAGCUGCCUUGACCAUUUUGUCUCUGGGAGCAAAAGACAGCACCAUGGAAGAGAUUCUAGAAGGUCUCAAGUUCAAUCUCACAGAGAUCACUGAGGAAGAAAUCCACCAGGGCUUUGGGCACCUCCUACAGAGGCUCAGCCAGCCAGAGGACCAGGUAGAGAUCAAUACAGGUAGUGCCCUGUUUAUUGACAAAGAGCAGCCGAUACUGUCAGAAUUCCAGGAGAAGACAAGGGCUCUGUACCAGGCUGAGGCCUUCAUAGCUGACUUCAAGCAGCCCAAUGAGGCCAAAAAGCUCAUCAAUGACUAUGUGAGCAAUCAGACCCAGGGGAAGAUCGCAGAACUGUUCUCAGACCUGGAGGAGAGGACAUCCAUGGUGCUGGUGAACUAUCUCCUAUUUAAAGGCAAAUGGAAGGUCCCCUUUAACCCUAAUGACACAUUUGAGUCUGAGUUCUACUUGGAUGAGAAGAGGUCUGUGAAGGUGCCCAUGAUGAAAAUUAAGGAAGUAACCACACCCUAUGUCCGGGAUGAGGAACUCUCCUGCUCUGUGUUGGAGCUGAAGUACACAGGAAAUGCCAGCGCCCUGUUUAUCCUCCCUGACCAAGGCAAGAUGCAGCAGGUGGAAUCCAGCUUGCAACCAGAGACCCUGAAGAAGUGGAAGGACUCUUUGAUCCCUAGGAUUAUAAAUGAUCUCCGCAUGCCCAAGUUCUCCAUCUCCACAGACUACAGUCUAAAAGAGGUCCUUCCAGAGCUGGGCAUUAAGAAAGUCUUCUCCCAGCAAGCUGAUCUGAGUAGGAUCACAGGGACCAAGGAUCUGUAUGUCUCUCAAGUGGUCCACAAGGCUGUGCUGGAUGUGGAUGAGACAGGCACAGAAGCAACUGCUGCUACAGGGGUCGCUACAGUCAUACGUAGACAACCUCGAACUCUGAAUUUCAACCGGCCAUUCAUGGUGGUUAUCACUGACAUGGAUAGUCAGUCUAUCCUCUUUGUUGCCAAAAUCACUAACCCCAAGAGGCCUGUGAAAGUGCCCAUGAUGAAGCUUGAGGACCUGACCACACCCUAUGUCCAGGAUGAGGAGCUGAACUGCACUGUUGUGGAGCUGAAGUACACAGGAAAUGCCAGCGCCCUGUUUAUCCUCCCUGACCAGGGCAAGAUGCAGCAGGUGGAAGCCAGCUUGCAACCAGAGACCCUGAGGAGAUGGAAGGACUCUCUCAGGCCCAGCAUGAUAGAUGAGCUCUACCCGCCCAAGUUCUCCAUCUCUGCCGACUACAGCGUGGAGGAGUGUAGGGCGCCCUCCAAUGGUGAACAACGAGUGCUGUACAGUAAAGGCUUGUUCCCAGAAGAAUCCUGUUGCCGCAUGUCGUUCUUGCUGGCGAGACGUUGGGCGCGAGACGUUGGGUGCGAGACAGAGGAGGUCCUUCCAGAGCUGGGCAUCAAAGAAGUCUUCUCCACACAGGCUGACCUGUCUGGGAUCACAGGGGACAAGGACCUGACGGUCUCUCAGGUGGUGCACAAGGCUGUGCUGGAUGUGGCUGAGACAGGCACAGAAGCAGCCGCUGCCACAGGAGUCAAACUUGUUCCAAUGUCUGCAAAACUGGACCCUCUGAUUAUAGUUUUCAACCGGCCUUUUCUGAUAAUUAUGUCUGACACAGAAACUGAAAUAGCUCCCUUUUGGCCAAGAUAUUUAACCCCAAAUGAGAUUCGAACUUCCCAAGGGUUGACGCUUCUCCCCAGGCAUUGAGCCUGUCUGUGGGUCUCUGUGUGCAUUUUGGCUUCCAUGCUCUGAUUGGCCAUGGCGGCAUGCCUGGAUGAGACAGUGACUAACUGUGUAACAGCCUCAUGUACAGACGCCUGUGCAGAGUCGCUGCCAUGCUCCCAAACUUCUUAGCUCAUAUUCCUGAGCCUGAAAUUUGUCUUUCCCCUGCCCCUGCUCUCCCUCCUCUGUAUCUGCCUCAACCCAGAAGCCAGAGCCCAUCAGGUUGUCUCAGUCCCAACUUAGGCUCUAGUUAUGUCUUCCUUCAGCGUUGCUGUCUUGAUGGGACUGUGCACACACACAGGCGAACCCAUAUGGACCAAGGGGAACACUUGCUGGCCCGUAUCUUUCUGCAGUAUCUGGGAUCACUUGGUGCCCAGUGCAGCCUCACUAUUUCCCUUCCUCUGGGCACUGCUCCUUGCAGCAUGGCCUGACCUUGUCCACAUCUGGCACAGAGCUGGAGCCCUCCCUUCUGCAGAUGCAUGGCACCUGUGCGUCAGACCAGAUCCCCCUCCCCGGCACUCCUACUUAGAGCAAUGCAACCUUUCUUUUAGUUCCCAGCUGACCAACCUCACACAAAAGAUGACCAACAACAACCAAAAUGAAGAGGUAGGAGCAAAGGAUCAAUAAGCACAUCACUGCAUUGAAUGUAGCAGUGUUCUCUCAGCUCCUGUUGGCAGGGGUGGGCUCUAAUGACAACAGGCACAUAGAGACUGUCACUCACACCCUGUGACUUCUGGGAUGGCCCUCUGACCUACUAUUAUGCUAUUAUUAUUACUACUAUACUGCUAUUAUCAGUACCUUUAUGGAUGAGGAAACUGAAGCACAGAGAAGCUUAGUCACUUCCCCAUGAAUCACAGCUAGACACUCUGGUGUUCCAGGCUUCCUGAUGCCACAGGGACAACCCACUUUCACCAAGCCAAGUGUCUGUUCCCAAGGCAUCACAGUGGUGGUGAAAAGGUGGCAAAACAAGACUCUAGAUGCUUUAAACAGGACACCCAAAGGGGCCCGGGACCAGGAUGUGAGCUCUGCUCUAAGGCCAGAGGUUAAGUAUUUCUGUUCAGGUGGAAUGGUAUCCUGGAUAGAGGCCAAGGUGCAUUUGUGUGUGGUACUGGGCGUCCAAGGAGAGUCCUGGGAGCCUGGAAACAGUCAGAGGCCUGCAGACAGGGGCAAAGGUGUCCAGGUUGAGAUACAUUUGAGUCUCAAGGGACCUAAGAACACACAGUGACAGGUGGACCUGUGGUCAGCAGAGAGUCACACACACAGGAUUCCCUUCCCUGGCCAGCACUGAGAUACUGCUCAUGAGUACCAUGGAGUGAGAGAAGAGUGGGGGUCGUCUAUUGAAAGCAGCAAGUGUCACAACCAAUUAGUGACAUUUUUACCGCUGUCCAGGGUCAAUAUUUUGGCUUUGUUGUCACUGACAAAAAGCUUGAGGGGUUUUGUUGUUUGAUGAAAGGGCUGUGCAUAGAAACCUACCCUACCCAGCUCCCUUCAUAUCUGACAGCUGUGCAACACUGUGAGCUCACAGAACUAAAUGCCAGCAUACUUCAAAAUGUCUGCUUUUAUGUUCCCUGAGUCCAUUUGGUGAGGGCGAGGAAAAGUUCUUGUUCGUUUGUUUGUUUGUUUGUGUUUUGUUUUUGAGACAUGGUUUCUCUGCAUAGCUCUGGCUGUCUUGGAACUCACUCUGUAGACCAGGCUGGUGUCAAAGAGAUUCAUCUGCCUCUGCCUCUGGAGACCUGGGAUUAAAGACAGGUACCAUCAUCAAGCAGCUUUGAAAAGUUACUAGAAAACAAGUAUGUGUAGCGUUUUCUUCAACACAAUCCAGAGGGGUAAAGAGGUAGAAACACAUCAUGUAUAAGGGAAACAAUAACUGUGCAUAUGUACAUAGCAUGCAGUGUAUAUGUUUACAUACCACAUCAUAUACACCUAUCACAUCAUAUAUGAGAGACAGCAACUGUGCAUAUGUACAUAUCAUGCAAUGUUUAUGUAUACAUAUCACAGCAUAUGCACAUAUCAUAUCAUAUAUGAGAGACAACAACUGUGCAUAUGUACAUAUCAUGCAAUGUGUGUAUAUAUAUAUGUAUAUCACAUCAUAUGCACAUAUCACAUCAUUUAUGAGGCAAAUAAAUUGAUAGCAGGAUGGUGUGGAAGGACA